UUCACGUCGCCAAUUCGAUAAUUCUACAUACACCAACAUUCCAACAAUCUGCCAUUCAUCCCCAUUAUCCGUAUUGACACAGCCUUACUCGUACCUUGGCUAUUAGUCGAUAAAUAAAACGUGAAAGGGUUCAAAUAGAGCUUUAUAAACCCGAGAAUAUUCCCCUCCCAACUCAGGGCGGCGCCUUUUGUGAUUAAUAAAUCGCCCCCAAUAACUACCGCUUAUCAACCAAACCCCUUCAACACGCCUCGAAACGAUUCCGAAUCUCUCCUAGACAUAUUCCUGGCUGUGACAGCCGCCCGCCAGCAAGAUGUCGGGACUGUUUGGAAGCAGCGCUUCGGCAUCAACAACUUCUAACACAAUUGGCGAUCUGAAGAACGACGUUCCGGUGUCGAACCCGCCCGAAGAUACAGUCUCCGACCUCGCCUUUUCCCCCACCCAAGACAUCCUCGCAGUAUCCAGUUGGGACAAGAAAGUCCGCAUAUACCAGAUCGCUUCCAAUGGCUCUAGUGAAGGGAAGCAUAUGUAUGAGCACGAGGCCCCUGUUCUCAGCGUAGAUUUUUCCAAGGACGGCAACAAACUCGCAUCGGCGGGCGCGGAUAAGCAGGCCAAGGUAUGCGACCUGCAGACGCUACAGACAGCGCAAGUAGCCGCGCACGAGCAGACGGUGCGGUGCGCGCGCUUCUUCGAGUCGCCGAACUCCAACGGCCCAAUGCUGGUGACAGGGUCGUGGGACAAGACCGUCAAGUACUGGGAUCUGCGGCAGAGCACCCCGGUCGGCAGCGUGACGUGCCAGGAGCGUGUGUACUCCAUGGAUGUCCGCAACUCGCUGCUAGUCAUCGGCACCGCGGACCGCUACAUCAAUGUCGUUAACUUACAGGACCCCCUCAAGUUCUACAAGACUUUACAAAGCCCGUUGAAGUGGCAGACGCGAGUCGUUAGUUGUUUUACCGACGCCACCGGUUUUGCUAUUGGCAGUAUCGAGGGUCGUUGCGCCAUUCAGUAUGUGGAAGACAAGGACUCGGGAUCUAACUUCUCCUUUAAAUGCCAUCGCGACCCGCCGCAGGGCAACACGACACAAGUGUACUCGGUGAACGAUAUCUCGUUCCACCCACAACACGGCACGUUCUCGACGGCCGGCAGCGACGGUACGUUCCACUUCUGGGACAAGGACGCUAAGCACCGGCUUAAGGGGUACCCGACGGUGGGCGGUAGCAUCACGGCGACGACGUUCAACUCCGGGGGCACCAUCUUCGCGUACGCCGUCGGCUACGACUGGAGCAAGGGCUACAUGGCGAACAACCAGAACUUCCCCAACAAAGUCAUGCUCCACCCCAUCCAGGGCGACGAGUGCAAACCCCGGCCCAGCGUCAAGAAGCGGUAGAACAGCCGUGCCGCGGGCCGGAAGGCUAGGGAAAAUGCAAACUUGGACGAGGAUGGGGAUACUAUCAUGACUCUUGCUUCCCGGGCGGGGAUCGCGGACCAUGAGGAGACUGGGACGACAAGGCCAAACCGCACUUCGGUUUGGUCGCUUUGUAACUAGGUUCCUUUGCUUAGCAUGCACAAUUCACGCGCGGGUUUUAACUGGAAGCAAGACAUGGAGGCUUUGUAGCAGUUGUCGAGGUUAAUUAACCACGCUACUUCGCCGAAAUGAAAGACAAUCGGAACCAAUAUGCAACGCUUUUUUUGGAGUAAUGGGAGGGAGGUAAAAGGGAUAUCCUAUUACUAUUAUUUCUUGGGUGCAUUAGUUCGUAGAUUCGUAGCUCGCCGAGUACUACCUAUUGCUUUAGUUAAGUUUUUACUUGGUUUUCCA